UGAAUUAAAACUUAAACUUAAACUACGUGAAGGACAUUUGAGUGUAAUUUUCACGGCGUUAAUCAUAGAAAGCAUAGAUAUAGAAGUGCGCAGUUUUUAGUGAUUCAGAAACAAUCAAACUCUGCUGUAAAAUUAAAAAAGAAAGCCAAACUCAGAAUGAAUAAUUUAAUAUGUAUAUUUAUUAUAAGUAUAAUAAUUACUUGUGCGGAGUGUUGUAACGAAACUAAUCAUGAAGAAAAUUAUUUUUGUGUAAAUUGUCGUCGCACGUGCCAAACUGAUGUGAAACAAGAUGAUGAGCCACCCAUAAUGGCAUGCGGGUGUAAAGAUGGAUAUAUUAUGGAUGAGAGGAUAAAUGAAUGUCUUGCUUUGAACCUUGCACCUCCGGAAUGCAAUGUAACAGCAGAGGAUUAUAAUUUUGGGUUUAUUUUUAGUGAUUCUGAAGAAAAUUUGUCUGAUUCUACCACUGCUACCCCUGAUACUAGUACUACAAUUACUAGUACUACUUAUAUUGAUGAUGCAACUACAGAAAUAUCUGAAAUUACAGAAGAAACAUCAGAAACUACUGAAAUUAAUAAUUCUAUAACUACUGAUGUAAAUGUUGAUGAUAAUACCACAACAACAACAGAAGGUGCAACAGCAACAGUUACAUCAACUACUGAUAAUAAUCAAGAACAAGAUGGUGAUAAUGAAACAGAAACUGAUGAUAAAAGUGAUAUUGACGCAGAAGAUGAAGAAGAUGAAGAAGAUAAAGAUAACGAGGAAGAAAAUUAUGACGAUGAAGACGAUUAUGAUUCUGAUGAGUAUUAUAGUGAUGAAGACGAUGAAGAUGAUGAAGAAGAAGCAGGAAGCGAGGAAGAUGAAGAAGGUGACGAAGAAGAUGAAAAUGAUACAAAUGCCACUGAAACAACUGAAUCAGAGGGUGAAAUCAACACAACAACUACAAAUUCUAUUGAAGUAACUAAUACAACUAUUGAAAUAACUACAGAGUAUUCAGAAAAUACAACUAAUUCAGAAAUUCAAGAUGGCGACGACGAAUGUACGACGGAAAACAAUACAACUACUUUAAACUCAGAAAAUAACGAAAUAGAAGAUAAAUAAGUCAAAAAACACACUUCAACUUUAAUAUUUCAAUUAAAAUUAAGUUUGUUAUGUAAUAAUAUUCGUAAAAAUUGAUUUCUGACUGAAAACUA